AUGGCUGGUGGAGCACCCAUUCUCGUUGGGCUAGAUUUCGGCACGACGUUCAGUGGAAUCGCUUGGGCGUUCGAUGGGCCUGAUGAUGAAAUUGAAGUCAUAUCAACUUGGCCAGGCGGUGGUAACAAAACUUCCCCCAAAGUACCGUCGGUCUUAUCUUAUGAUGGAUUGAACAUAAAUUGGGGUUAUCAGGUGCAUCCGUUCGCAGAGGCCUUUCAGGGUAUCAAAUUAUUGCUUGACGAGAGCCAGGAAAUCAAAUAUGCACCUUCUUUGGCGUCGGGAGCGCUGUUAAAGAAAUAUAAAAAGGAUGCGGUGCAAGUGACAGCAGACUAUUUAAAUCGCUUGGUCAGCCAUGCUAAAUCGAUCCUUCAACGACGAUUUGACAUUGGUCCCCAUGACAUGAACUUGCGAUUUGUACUAACUGUACCAGCCACGUGGUCUGACAAGGCCAAGGACAAAACCCUAAGUGCUGCAAUCAAGGCAAGCAUUCAACCUCAGGAUGUUUCGCUCAUUUCCGAACCAGAAGCUGCAGCUCUCUACGCAUUACGCGCUAUCCAACCCAAUUCGAGGAACGACGUAUUCAUUGUUUGCGAUGCGGGAGGCGGCACAGUGGAUCUCAUCUCAUAUCAGAUCAAGACUCUAGAGCCUCUUGUCCUCGCAGAGGUGAGUGAAGGAAUAGGACGGAUCUGUGGAUCAAUGCUUUUGGAUCACAGAUUUGAGCGUCUUCUUCGAGAUAGGAUUGGGCCUGAUCAAUAUGCCUCAUUAAAGCCCAAAUCAAAAGAAGCCGCGAGAACCUACUGGCAAGAUCGAGUGAAGCCCAAUUAUGUCGGGAAAUACGACGAGGAUUAUGGAGAAAUAGAUUACUUUAUCCCACUUCCGGGAGCUUCGGAUGACCCGACAGUUCCAAUUGAAGACGGAUUUUUCCACCUCAGUAGUGACGACGUUGAACGCAUAUUUGACCCUAUAGUUUGUGAUGUUGAGGAGCUUAUUGCCGGGCAGGUGGCAAGCAUAACGCGGGUCGGACUCUCAAUUGAGGCCAUUAUCCUCGUGGGCGGUUUUGGGUCAUCGGAAUAUCUUUUUCGCCGCGUGCAAAAGCAGUAUCCAACCAUAAAAGUUCUCCAGCCACCAGACGCGUACAAAAGUUCUCAUAUUAAAACAAUGACGGUCUUCGCUAACGAGCUAUCAAGCGGCGCCGUCCAGCGUGGACUGGAGGGCAACCGAGUGGAAUGCCGAAUUGCCCGUCGAAAUUACGGCGUUGAAUUCAGAACUGAUUGGAAUCCAAUCACCCACGGCGCACAAAAUAGGAUCUGGGAUCGCUUGGAGGAAAGAUACUUAGGUCAUCAAAUGCGUUGGUAUAUCAAAAAGUCCUCCGAAAUUCGAGAAGACCAGCCGAUCAAAAUGGAUUUCUAUCGAACAAUUGAAGUACGGAAUGCCAAAACAGAUAUGUCUGGUACUGUGACCCUCUACUUUUACAAUGACGGAAAUCCACCAGAUGGUAAUUAUCCAUUAAUUAAUACUCACCGUGGCCAAGGGAUUUUACAAUUAUGCGUCUUGGAGUAUGAUCUCAGCCAAAUUCCUCAACAGCUGUUUGAAAGGAAGCGCAAUUCUAAAGGGGUCGAUUACUUCGUAGUACCGUACAAGCUCGUGAUGACACCUACAUCGGCCUCUUUACUAUUUGAGCUCGAAUUCGAAGGGCUGUCGUACGGGAGCGUUCGAUCGAAAUAUUGA